UUCUAGUUAGUUUAGCCAACUCAACACUUACCACCCGGCGACUCCCGGACCCAAACCCGGAUAAGAAGUGGGCCAACAAUUCACUCGGUCAAGCGUGAGGUGUGUGUGACACUAACAACUUCAGAGAUUCAGCACUGAAACACUGUGUUAACUGAGACCUGUGGCAAUGGAAUCUCUACCGCCAACAAAAUCACGACAAGCUUGUCAAGUUCAGAAUCAGCAGUUGCCUUGGAGCAGAAUGUUGCUGGGAUCGCUGAUUGUCUUCAGUUGUCUGGUAGCUUCGGUGUCCUCUGAUGAGGAUUACUAUAAAUUAUUGAAGGUGUCCAGAGAAGCCACAACCAGAGAGAUACGACAAGCCUUCAAAAAGCUAGCUCUGAUCAUGCACCCGGAUAAAAACCCACAUGAUGAAACUGCCCAUGACAAGUUCCUUAAGGUAACCCGAGCCUAUGAAGUUCUGAAGGAUGACGAUCUGAGGAAGAAGUAUGACAAGUAUGGAGAGAAGGGUCUGCAGGAUGAGCAGCAGGGAGGAGGACGAUAUGAGAGCUGGAACUACUAUAGAAAUGAAUUUGGUAUCUACGAUGAUGACCUAGAGAUUGUCACUUUAGAUAGGGGAGACUUCGAUGCAGCAGUGAACUCCGGGGAACUAUGGUUUGUCAACUUCUACUUCCCUCGUUGCCAUCAUUGUCACGAGCUGGCUCCCACGUGGAGGGAGUUUGCUAAGGAGAUGGAUGGAGUGAUCAGGAUAGGAGCAGUGAACUGUGGAGACAACAACAGACUGUGUCGCAGCAAAGGCAUCAACAGCUACCCCAGCCUCUACAUUUACAAAGCUGGAAUGAAUCCAGAGAAAUACUUUGGAGAUAGGGCCAAGGAGAGUUUGACUAAGUUUGGCAUGCAAUUUGUGAAGAGCAGAGUUACAGAGCUGUGGCAAGGCAAUGUCUUCACUGAGAUUGAGGCAGCAUUUUCAUCUGGAGUUGGAUGGCUGAUCACCUUCUGUGCUGACUCUGGAGAUUGUCUAGAGUCACAGACGAGGCAAAAAUUAGCAGGAAUGUUGGAAGGUCUAGUGAACGUGGGCUGGAUGGACUGCUCAACACAGGCUGAGUUGUGUGACAGCUUUGAGGUGACCACCAGCACCACAGCCUUCUUCCCCCCCGGCAGUUCACUGAAGAACAAGGGCAGCGUGCUGUUCCUGCAGAGUUUGGAUACCAGAGAGAUCUAUGGAGAGGUGAUGCAGCAUCUGCCUGACCUGGAGGCUCUUACUAAGGAAACCUUCCAGAGUAAACUGGCCCAUCAUCGGUGGCUGGUCAGUUUUUCUUUCGGACAGAAGACCAUGGCAUCUCAUGAGUAUAAGAAGCUCAAGGCUCUUCUGAAGGCAGCCCACAUACAGGUGGGAAAGGUGGACUGCCUUAUUGACUCAGAACUAUGUGUCUCCUUCUACAUUCAAAAGCCCUGUAUCGCUGUCUUCAAAGGCCUUGGGAUUCAUGACUUUGAGAUCCACCAUGGGAAGGAUGUGCUGUAUAACAUCAUAGCAUUUGCUAAGGAGAGUGUCAGCGCCCAUGUCACCACUCUGAGACCAGAGAACUUCCCCAGUGAUGGAAAGGAGCCCUGGCUAGUUGACUUCUUUGCUCCUUGGUGUCCGCCCUGUCGUGCUCUCCUCCCUGAGCUGAGGAAAGCCUCGAUCCAGCUGUUUGGUCAGAUGAAGUUUGGAACGCUGGACUGCACCGUGCACGAGAGACUCUGCAGCAUGUAUAAUAUCCAUGCCUACCCGACCACGGUUAUCUUUAACAAGUCCUCCAUCCAUGAGUACGAGGGACAUCACUCUGCUGACGGAAUCCUGGAGUUCAUACAGGACUUGGUCGACCCCACUGUGGUGACCAUGGACCCAGACAGCUUUGCAGAGCUGGUGAAGAGGAGAAAACACAGUGAGACCUGGAUGGUGGACUUCUAUGCCCCGUGGUGUGGGCCCUGUCAGGCCCUGCUGCCCGAGUGGAGGAGGAUGGCACGGGCUUUGAAUGGUAUGAUAAAGGUGGGGACGGUAGACUGUCAGAAACACCACUCCUUCUGCCAAGGAGAGAGUGUCAGAGCCUACCCUGAGAUACGCCUCUACCCUCAGAACGCCAACCGACGAGACAUAUACCAGAGUUACAAUGGCUGGCACAGGGAUGCUCACUCUCUCAAAGUCUGGGCUGUGGGUACUCUCCCAAGAGCAUCAGUGGAUCUGACUCCAGAUGACUUCAGGAACAAGGUAAUAGGAGGGAAGGAUCACUGGGUGGUGGACUUCUAUGCUCCGUGGUGUGGACCAUGUCAGCACUUUGCCCCAGAGUUCGAGGUCCUCGCUCGGAUGAUGAAAGGGAGUGUGAGGGCAGGGAAAGUAGACUGUCAGGCCCACUACCAGACCUGUCAGUCAGCUGGCAUCACAGCCUAUCCCAGCGUCCGAUUCUACCCACACCUGGGCACCAAGAAGCGCGACCAGGGAGGGGAGCACGUCAACAGCCGGGAUGCUAACAACAUCGCAGACGUCCUCCACCAGAGGCUCCAGCAGUUAUCUCCAUGGUUACAGGGCAAGGCGGACAACUUCAAGGAUGAAUUGUGAGUUCAAGGGGGUCGAUUCCACUGAGAUGGUUUUCCUUAUGGAAACAUAAAGGAUGGACACACACACACUUAACAAACAAAAAGACUCUGAGAAGAGAUUUGUUUCUGCAAGGAGGAUUACUGCCAAGGAAAGAAGACGUUAUUGAAAGGUUACCUCAGUAUUGUCGUACUGUCAAAACAAACCUGUUUCUCAACUGAUUCAACGAUAAGGAAAGACUGACUCGCUGUCUUAGGUUUUAUUAGUUCUAUAGGUGAAGUGUGUCCAUAAGGUAGGUGUCGACCUGCCUGAUAUCUGAAUGUACUGUCUGAUGUAGGUUGGGGACAAGAUAUUUUAUGCCUAUAUUUAUGAUACAAAAUGGCAGUUUAUCAGUUUAUAAUGCGCCUGCCAAUGUCAAUGCUUCUUGUUGAUUCAACUUGAACCAUUUGAGUGUAGUGAACAGUGUUUUAUUCAUUCUGUGAAGUGACCACACUGUACUGGCUGUGUUGGUUGUAUUAUUAUGAUGAUACCAAUCUAUUUGUUUGUCUGAUGAUAGUAGGGUUCAGUAUGCAACCUCUGUAUACAGUAAAACACACAAACACAGUUUAGAAAAGACAUCCUGUACACUGAAAACAAUUAACAGAACAUAUGUUACCAAUUCACUCCACAUCAUUCAUUAAUAUGUUACUGUUUGCCAUCACUGAAAUGUGAGUGGAAAUGGUUUGAUUAGUUGUGGGAUGAUGCAGUCUUGCAAAAGUUUUCUGUCAUACCAGAAAUGUGGGAAAUCUAGCACGGUUUUAUAUAAUGUCUUUGUAAUCUGGUAUUUUCAACUCAAAAUACAAUACUAUCUUUGGAUGAUGUUUGAUAGUAACUUAUGUGGGAACUUGUAGUCUUAAAUUAAAAAACUACAAUGCUGAAUAGUGUCCCUUUAAGUCACUCCUUCUUUUCCUUUCAAGUUGUUUUGCAAGGACUCUUGUAUUGAGCAAAUAUCAUGUUUAAAAAAUGUAUAUACAGUGUAUUCGGAAAGUAUUCAGACCCCUUUUUCCAAUUUUUGUUGUUACAGCCUAAUUCUAUUGUUUCCCCCCCCAUCAAUCUACACAAAAUACCACAAUGACAGCAAAAACAGGUUUUUAGAAAUGUCACAUUUACAUAAGUAUUCAGAACCUUUGCUCAGUACUUUGUUGAAGCAACUUUGGCAGCGUUUACAACCUUGUCUUCUUGGGUAUGACGCUACAAGCUUGGCACACCCGUAUUUGAGAAGUUUCUUCCAUUCUACUCUGCAGAUCCUCUCAAGCUCUGUCAGGUUGAAUGGGGAGCGUCACUGCACAGCUAUUUUCAGGUCUCUCCAGAGAUGUUCGAUCGGGUUAAAGUCAGGGCUCUGGCUGGACCACUCAAGGACAUUCAGAGACUUGUCCCUAAGCCACUCCUGCGUUGUCUUGGCCAUGUGCUUAGUGUCGUUGUCCUGUUGGAAGGUGAACCUUCGCCACAAUGUGAGGUCCUGAGCGCUCUGGAGCAGGUUUUCAUCAAGGAGCUCUCUGUACUUUACUUCAUUCAUCUUUCCCUCAAUCCUGACUAGUCUCUCAGUCCCUGCUGCUGAAAACAUCUCCACAGCAUGAUUCUGCCACCACCAUGCUUCACUGUAGGCAUGGUGCCACGUUUCCUCCAGACACUUGGCAUUCAGGCCAAAGAGAUUGAUCUUGGUUUCAUCAGACCAGAGAAUCUUGUUUUCCUAUGGUCUGAGAGUCUUUUGGCAAACUCCAAGUAGUGGCUUCUGUCUGGCCACUCUACCAUAAAUAUCUGAUUGGUGGAAUGCUGCAGAGAUGGUUGUCCUUCUGGAAAGUUCUCCCAUCUUCACAGAGGGACUCUGGAGCUCUGUCAGAGUGAUCAGUUUCUUAGUCACCUCCCUGACCAAGGCCCUUCCCCUCUGAUUGCUCAGUUUGGCCAGGCUGCCAGCUCUAGGAAGAGUCUUGGUGGUUCCAAACUUCUUCCAUUUUAAGAAUGAUGAGGCCACAGUGUUCUUGGGGACCUUCAAUUCUGCAGAAAUGUUUUGGCACCCUUCCCCAGAUCUGUGCCUCGGCACAAGCUUGUCUCGGGGCUCUACGGACAAUUCCUUCAGCCUCAAGUUUUAAUUGUACCUUUUAUUUUACUAGGCAAGUCAGUUGAGAACAAAUUCUUAUUUUCAAUGAUGUCUAGGAACAGUGGGUUAACUGCCUGUUCAGGGGCAGAACGACAGAUUUGUACCUUGUCAGCUCGGGGAUUCAAACUCGCAACCUUCUGGUUACUAGUCCAACUAGGCUAACCUGCCUCCCCAUGUCUUGGUUUUUGCUCUGACAUGCACUGUCAACUGUGGGACCUUUUUAUAUAGACAGGUGUGUGCCUUUCCAAAUCAUGUCCAAUCAAUUCAAUUGACCACAGGUCGACUCCAGUCAAGUUGUAGAAACAUCUCAAGGGUGAAGGGGUCUGAAUACUUUCCAAAUGUACUGCAUAUUUAAAUGUCAUUUAACUUUAUCAGUUCCAAAAGUAUCCACUAGAUGUCAACAUAACAAUGUAUUAGUCUUCUCAUGUUUAGCUCAGAUUAUAUUUUAUUUGUCACUGGCACCGAAUACAAGCGUUGUAGACUACCGUGAAAUGCUUACUUAUGAGCCCUUUCCAAACAAUGCAGAGUUAACAUUUAAGAAAAACUUGCUAAAUAAAAAAGAUGUCAAAUAAAAUGUUUCUACAGUUGC